AUGGAGGAAAGGCAGCCGACCCCUUCCCCGCCGGCCGCCGCCGCCGCCUCCCCGACCAUCCCCUCGCGCGAGCAGUCGCCGGACCUGCCGCUCACGCUCACCGCCUCGGCGGUCCUCACGCGCCUGCCGCGCGACGCCCUGGGCGCGGCGGCCGAGGCCGUCUCGGCGCUCGAGGGCCAGGGCCAGGGCCAGGGCGACAGGAAGGUCGUCGUGCGGUUCAAGCCCGUGGGGUCGGCGCCCGCCGUGCGCAGGGAGCUGUGCAAGAUCAGCGCGGGGCAGAAGUUCGAGGCCGUGGUGGCGUACCUGCGCCGGGUGCUCAGGGUCGGCCCCGGCGAGAGCGUGUUCCUGUACGUCAACAGCACGUUUGCGCCGGCGCUGGACGAGGUCGUUGGGAACUUGCACAGGUGCUUCAAGGACUCGAAUGGCCAGCUCAAUGUGUCGUACUCUAUGACACCGGCUUUCGGAUGA